AUGUCACUGGAAAAUGCAUCAUCUUUUAAAGACUUGGGCCUCAACGACCAAAUUUUACUAUCAGUUCAGCGUUUACGAUGGAAAUCCCCCACCGAAAUUCAGGCUGCAUCCAUUCCUCACGCGUUAGAAGGGCGCAACCUUAUAGCUCUUGCGGAAACGGGCUCGGGAAAAACGGGCGCUUACAUCCUUCCCAUACUACAGGAGUUGAUGGUGUCUCCCAAACACUACUUUGCCUUGAUUUUGGCACCAACUCGUGAAUUAGCUGCACAGGUUCAGGCGCAGUGCGUUGCUCUUGGUCAGUCUAUUGGUUUAAAUACAGUUUUGCUGGUCGGAGGAACGCCUAUUACAGACCAAGCCAAUCUAAUGAUAAUGAAACCGCCUCACAUUUUAAUCGCUACGCCUGGCAGAUUUGUGGACCAUCUUAAGCGCACCAAAGGAUUCGAUGAGGUCAAGUUUAAGAACUUGCGGUUUCUGGUUAUCGACGAGGCUGACCGAAUGCUUGGGUCGGACUUCGAGUCGGUUAUUGAAAAAGUUCUCAUUGUUCUUCCUCCAAAACGACAGACGUUCCUGUUUUCUGCCACCAUGACCGAAAAAGCAAGUUCCACCUUUUAUAUCAAAUUGCUUUUUGGCUGGUUAAAUUUUCUAGCUUUUAUAUGUGUCGGCAAGCUGCAACGAGCUUCCUUGCGUGAUCCUGUGCGAAUCUCUACGCGUAAAAGUAAGUUCCAGACCGUUGAAAGCCUCCGUCAGUAUGUCCUUCUGGUGCCCCAAGCUGAGCUAGAAUCCUACCUGGUAUACCUUGUUCGCACCGCUUUUUCACCUCUUCCUUCACCUAUCGACGGUUUGGAGGCCAUCAAACUGUCUCCGGAUGAAAUCGACGUCGCCAAUGCUGAAUCUCGGAGCGAGUCAAUGGGCUCGGCUAUCAUUUUUACGCGGACGCGAGAGACGAGUAAUAAGCUGAGUCUUCUUCUGCGUCAGUUCCUCACAACUCCGGUAAUCACCCUCAAUGGCGAUAUGCCACAAGCGCAACGAUUGGGCGCACUGGGAAAGUUUAAACGACUGCCCACCUCCUGCCUUGUUGCUACCGAUGUUGCAGCCAGAGGUCUAGACAUUCCACAAGUCGGUUUGGUGAUCAAUUAUGACGUGCCGCUCGAUGCAAAAACUUAUAUGCACCGCGUUGGUCGAACUGCCCGUGCUGGCCGUCAGGGCGCUGCCCUCACCCUCCUCACCCAAUUCUCCGUGGUCUUUUAUUUGAAGGAAAUCGAGAACCACCUCUUAAUAGCUUCCAAUGCGGCACAGCAGGGACAACAAGACCCGGAAUCAGCAAAGGUGCCUUCACUUUUGGAGCCUGGAAGUGCAGCAGACGCUGCGCUGGAGGUAGCAGUGGCGCAGAUUCAUGAGGAGGUUCAAGCAUCUUUUGCUCUGGCUGGAAAGACGGUGGAAUCCCUGCGUCGAAAGCCCUCCAAACGCGAGGCUUUUGUGUCAGUGGACGAUAUGAAAGCUCCCUCCACUGCUGAGAUUUCUGUUCCCGCUGGCAGUCGACACCAACGCACAGGAUGGGCGAGUGAAGCGAGCGCUGAGAAGAAGGCUCAAAUUGCGGAGGUACUGGCAGCUACUACCAUUCCUGAAGGUGACGUAGGAAAUAAUUCACUCUCAAUCUCCCGUGGUCGAAUAAAAUCGCUGAAGAUGAGGAAAGGGCUCAAGAGGAAGAUGUCACGAGAUGCGCCCAAUGCAGAGGUGUCAUUAAAGACGGUUCCAAUGAAGAACAAGAAAGAGCGUUCUGGCAAAUUCGGAGUCCGAUUUGAGGACCUUGCAGGUUUCAUUUUCGACAAACUUCCACGUAUUGAUCGGUGA